UCACUACUGACUAGUUCCUCUCCCCGGUCCCGCCCCCCUCACAGCAGCUCGCUCGGCUCUCCUGCGCCAGCGGUGGUGGUGUGUCACCGAGGCAGGGCUGCGGCCGGAUAGACCCGGACACAGGUCAAUUACCGCUCGCUCAGUCUCAAAGUGGCAUCGCUGAGGAGCUUCCUCGGCGAGCUUUCCAUCCCGGUUCCGAUUAAGUUGGAUCCCCUUCCUCCCGGUGUCACUGCAAGCCCGUCCUCCUCAUGUCGGAUUUCAAGCUCGGGAUCGUACGGCUCGGCCGUGUGGCCGGGAAGACAAAAUACACUCUAAUUGAUGAGCAGGACAUACCACUGGUGGAAAACUAUGCCUUUGAGGCACGUAUGGAGGUAGAUGCUGAUGGGAAUGGUGCUAAGAUUUUUGCUUAUGCUUUUGAUAUUGGCAAAGGACGGUGGGCAGGCAGACCGCUGCACGAGCUGCUAUGGGAGAAGCACAGAGGAGGCAUUGCUCCUAGUUUCCAAGUCAUCCACAUUAAUUCUGUGACGGUGGACAACCGACUAGACAACCUACGGCUGGUGCCAGUGGGGUGGAGCCCCAAGCCCGAAGAGAUUUCAAGCAAGCAGAGAGAGCAGUCUCUGUACUGGCUGGCCAUCCAGCAGGUCCCUGCAGACCCUGUGGAGGAGCAGUAUCUGGAGCUGAGUCGCACACGCUACUACAAUGCUAACGGGGAGCUGGUGGAGGAGGAGGAGUGCUCCUGUACUUAUUACGAGUGCCAUUACCCUCCUUGUUCACUCAUCGAGAGGAGGCUGCGGGAGUUCAACAUCUGCGGGCGCUGCCAGGUGGCUCGCUACUGUGGCUCCCAGUGCCAGCAGAGAGACUGGCCCGCCCACAAGAAGCAAUGCCGCGAGCGUAAGCGAGUGCUGGCCCUGGAGUCGGAGCCUGAACGAUGAUCUGCUCUCAUCCUCCGCAGAGGGAGAACAGAGGGACUGGGUUUCACUUGCAGGGUGGGAGUGGGGAGAAAGUGGAGAGUCGCGGAACGUUGCUUACAAGAGACUAAUGACAGAGGACAAUGUGGACUCGACAGUUCAGGGGGUAAGAAGAUGGCAGACGAAAGGAGGAGAAUAAAGCAAAGACAUCUGCCACUUCCCAAAAACCUUUCCCCUGGAAAGGUUUUUUUUUUUGUUUCUUUUGGGGCUUUAUUGUUCUUGAGGAGGGAGAACCUCAAGCUCAACCUGCUGCUAUGUUUUUUUUUGUUUGUUUUUUUUCUUCAAAAGAGGAGAAGCUGUCCCAUUCACAAACUGGACCAGCUUCUUUGGACCACACUCAAACAGACCGUUGUCGUCGUCAUCCACUUGUAUUCUUCCACCCAGCCACUGGGUGCCACAACGUCUGCAUUAACAGCAGGUGGAGGGGAAGGGGGGCCCUUGGGGCCACAGUAUCCGUUGCUCAGCUGGUACAAUGGGACAUGGACCUUUUCACUGUAUCGUGCCCCUCUCUGAUCCCUCACAGCUGCUGCGUUCAUGGUCAUCAACACCAUCGCCGCCUCCCGCUCUUAUCUUAUUCCCAGCCGGUUAUAACACAGACCAGAUAGAUGUCACGGAGAAAGUCGCACUACCAGUAUUGAAGGAGUGUUUAUGGAUGUAUGCAUAUGUGCUGCCAGUGUGCUGUAAACGUGGAAGUUAACACAUGCUUCCACGUUUGAUUAGUGCUUCUUAAAGGGGCCAUAAAUACUCAGAUUUUAAAGUCAUUUAAUCAGAAAUUGUUCAUUCAAUGAGAUUUUUUCACUGUUUCAAAGUAGUUGCCAAAUAAAGGCUUAAUUUUGUAUUUGAUUUUCUAAAUUUAAAGUUUUCUUCUUUCUCCCCCUUCCAUUUAAGCUGUUUUUUUUUUUUUUUUUUGCAUUGUCCAGGUACAGUUUACUAAAGCUGGUGGUGAUGUUACUUUCAAAGGCCUUGAAAAUAAUUUUUCCACAUAGAAAAAAGAAAGCAGGUGUUUCCACAAGAAGACAUUCUUCCCGUGAUCAAACUCACAAUAAACCUUGCAGGUGAUCACACACAAACGCGAUGUGAAAGUUGUCUUUACCAAAGUGUCGUCUCACCCGUUUGUCAGUCGAACAUCCCCGCAGCCGUUCUCAUUUUGCUGGUUAUUGACGGACAUUUCUCCUCGUCUGUAUGUUUGUCAGGUUGUCCUGAAUGCAUUCUGUGAGGUGCUAGGUGUUUUGUGUAAGAAUCUUUUUUUUUUUUAAGUUGUCAAUUAUGUAUUUAUUUAAACUGAUUGUGAAACAUGUUUUUUGUGAUUAUUUGAAGGAGAGCUUUAGAAGUAAUUGCUGAACAUUUUUGUCGUAUGGUGGAUGAGGGACUGAACACUGACCUGUUACUGGAUUCUUCUUUUAUUUUAUUGUUUUCUUCCAACUUCUAUCUUUUUUUCCUCCCAUGUUUGAAUGAGUGAGUCCUCACAGUUGCAUUUUUGAUUCUUGUUCCACAACACAGCAGAAAAGUCACUAAAAUCUUCCAUUUGAGGGAUGUCACGGAGUGAAAAACUUGAAGACCCCCCUUCUCUACCACUCCCUAGCAAAUGUACAUUUUAUUUUGAAAGAGUAUUCCCUUCCUUCCUUCUUUCUUUGUUACCAGCAAACACUUAACAAAUGGGUCCGUACAUUUAAACACGUGUCUUUGCCGCUGGUUAGUUGUUUUUCUGUAAGCAAGACACAUUUUCAACUCUGCACUAAAAAUUUGGCUCCGAUGUUGGGAUACUUGUCAUUUUUUUGAGGGGGGGUGAAGGGAAGAGUGCAAACUUUUUUUUUUUUUUUUUUGACUGUACAGAUUGUCAGAUUUUCCUUCUUUUUUUUAAGAAUAUAAGCAUUAAUUACAUUGAAUUUAGGAGCUACAGUAUGUGAAUGGAAGUGAAGUUGGAGAUAACUGACGGUUGCUUUUCCAGUGUAAAAUUAUAAUAAAAUGAAAUGAUCUUAACUCACUGUGCGGUUUGCUUUCCAACCAAUGUUCGGACAGGAAGUUGCAAGUAGACAAAAUCUGUCAAAGAAGUACCCAAUCGUUGACGUUUAUCCUUUUAGGAUUUUUUUUUUCACCAGUAUAGGCAGAGGCCUGUUUAUUUAUUUUUUUAAAUUAAUUUAUUUAUUUGAUAAAACUGUCUUAAAUGUAUGUUGAGUCAAGUCAGUUUUCACCUACUACAUGUUUGGGUCUAAUAUACAAAAAAAUUCUCUCUUCAUU